AUGGGUGGUAUGUCUUCUCUCUCGACGGGCGUUUUUGAGCUCUCCCUUGACGCAGGCGGCUCUUGCGCAAAUUUCGUUCACGAUUUUGAUGAAAAUCCCUGCGCUCCACCGGCUGUUCCUGCGGCGCAAAACGAGAAUUUAGGGCCAGCCGACCCUCCUGGUCUUCUUCGUGUUCUCUUCGCUGCUGUGCAAGGUAUCGUUGCUGUUCAAGGUAAACAGGCAUUAAGCGUUCCUGAAUCUUAUGCACUCGUUUGUAUUCUCUUCGCAUAUCUUGUCUCGAAGAAUGCCAAAGGUCCAGAGUGGCUUUCGGGUGUUCUCUGCUCAUCGAUUCGAGGACAAAUUUAUUGA